CUCUCCCCCAAUGCCUCCCUCACCAACUCCCCCAUCCUCCAGCUCUAGACGAGCUCCCUCCUCAAACAUAGCAGGUCUAUAGCCCCCCCUCCGUCACCAUGCCUCCCUCCUUCGCAGGCCUGACGGGCAAGAAAUUGUCCCUGGCCAUCUCCACCGUCGCAACGACAGGUUUCCUCCUCUUCGGCUAUGACCAAGGUGUGAUGUCUGGUAUUAUCGACGCAGACCCUUUCCAUGAUUACUUCCCCGAGACAAAGGACAGCACCAUGCAGGGUUUCGUCACGGCCAUUUACGAGAUUGGUUGCUUAUUCGGCGCCAUGUUCAUCCUCUGGAUCGGUGACUUGCUCGGUCGUCGAAGGGCGAUGAUCCUUGGUGGUUGGAUCAUGAUCGUUGGUGUCAUCAUCCAGAUCACUGCUAUGAAGGGCCACAAGGCUCUUGCGCAGCUCAUCAUCGGACGAACAAUCACUGGUGUUGGAAACGGUAUCAACACAUCCACCAUCCCAACAUACCAAGCUGAGUGUUCUACCACUACCAACAGAGGUCUCCUCAUCUGUAUCGAGGGUGGCAUCAUCGCCUUUGGUACACUCAUCGCAUACUGGAUUGACUACGGCUGCUCUUACGGUCCCCAGGACCUCACAUGGCGCUUCCCCAUUGCCUUCCAGUGCGUCUUCGGCCUUAUCCUCUGCGUCUCAAUGGUCUGGCUGCCAGAAUCUCCCCGCUGGCUUCUCACCCACGACCGACACGAGGAAGCCGAGCGUGUCAUUGCCGCCAUUCGCGGCUUCGAAGUCGACAGCGACGAGACCCGCGCUGAGCGUGAUCGUGUCGUCGACUCCAUUCGUGCCUCUGGUUUCGCUGCUCAGAAGAGCACGCCCGUCAAGGCGCUCUUCACUGGUGGAAAGACACAGCACUUCCGCCGUAUGCUUCUCGGUUCCGGAUCGCAGUUCAUGCAGCAGGUCGGUGGCUGCAACGCUGUUAUCUACUACUUCCCUAUUCUGUGCACCGACAUCUUUGGCGACAAGAACUUUGCUCUUCUCCUCGGUGGCGUCAACAUGAUCGUCUACUCCAUUUUCGCAACUUCAUCAUGGUUCCUCAUCGAGCGUGUCGGUCGUCGCAAGUUGCUCCUCAUCGGUACUGCUGGUCAGAUGCUUUCCAUGUUCUUGACGAUGGGUUUCCUCAUCCCCGGUGGUUCUGAUCCUGGUACCAAUGCGCCUCAAAUCUCAAAGGGUGCUAUCGCUGGUCUCUUCACUUACAUUGCUUCGUUCGGUGCUACCUGGCUGCCUCUUCCCUGGCUGUAUCCCGCUGAGAUCAACCCUCUCAAGACCCGUGGCAAGGCCAACGCUACAUCCACCUGCACCAACUGGCUGUUCAACUUUGUCAUCGUCAUGAUCGUUCCCAUCAUGAUCUCCAACAUCCACUGGGGAACCUAUCUCUUCUUCGGCUGCGCCAACGCCACAUUCUUCCCCAUCCUUUACUGGUUCUACCCCGAGACUGCCAACCGAUCUCUCGAGGAAAUCGACAUCAUCUUCGCCAAGGGCUUCGUCGAGAAGAUGUCCUAUGUCCAAGCCGCCAAGGAGCUUCCCUUCCUUUCUCAUGAGGAAGUCGAGCGCGAGGCUAUUCGACUUGGUCUCGUCGACGAGUCUAGUCGCGGUGGAGUUUUGGAGAAGCCAAAUGAGGAGAGCGGCACAGUCCGCGACGACUCUGGCUUCAACUCUGAGAAGUCUUAGAUUUGCUCAUGAGUAUUGUUUCAUAUAGAAACGUUUGUGUUAGAACACAUUUUGGAUACCCUUUCUUUAGAGUCACAAAGACUUAGAGCCAUUUGGCAUUGAGUUAUAGAUCAAUAGACCACUAUAACGAACAAACU